GCAGCUGAAAACGUUGUGUUGUGGAGAAAAUUCGAUAAUUGUUUGUUUGCAUUACUUUUAAAAUGUCCUUGAAAAAAGAAAGAUGAUUUUCGUAAUAUGUUACUCUUAAUGUUCAUACUUUCCUGUUAAAUCAUUUGAUUUUCUUCUCUACUUGUGAAUUGUUUGCUUUUUGAUAUUUUCUCUUGCAUCUUUAAAACAACUUUUUACUCAACAUGACUUCAGUAAUAAGUAAACCUAUUAGACGAUUUUUACCAAUUUUAAGACUUUGUUAUGCUUCUAACAUCAAAUUAGAACGUUCGUACUCAUAUAAUUGUACUCAAAAACAAAUUGAUAAAAUGAAAUAUGCUUUAAAAGUAAAAUUUAGUUUUAUGCGAACUGUUUCGAGUUCGAAUUUAGCGAACUCUAGUGACACUAAUGAAAGCAAUUCUAAAGAUGAACGGAAAAAUAUUAUUGACGAUAGAGAAUUCCAAAGUUAUCUUAAUGAUUUUUCCAAAGACUUUGACGUUGGCAGUGAUUCUGAACAAAUUUUAGACGAAAUUAGAAAAAGCCUUGAUGAACCAGACUCUCCUCAAACAAAUUCUGAAGAUAAAAGCUCUUGUUCUUCUCAAAAAUCAAAGGAAUCGAACAUUAAUUUGAAAGAAAAAUUUAAAGAAUUCAGUGAUAAAGAUUCUGUGGUUAUACCUAGUUAUGAAGAUUUGCAAGCGAAUAAAGAAGAUUAUGUUUAUCAUAUAAAUCAAGAAACAGAUUCUGAUUUGUUUCAAGAUGAGAUGAUUGCAAAGCGUGGAAUGCACGGAGUUUUUGACAUCGAACAAAUAGUUGAUGUACUCAAAAAGGAGAAUACAGAAGACAUUGCGGUUAUUUCAGUUCCGAAAGAGCUAUGUUACACUGAUUUCUUAGUAAUAGUUACAGCUACAUCUCCACGACAUUCUAAAGCUGUUUGUGAGCGAAUUAAAAAGCUUAGUAAAAUGAAGAGACAUGCUAAAGAUCCAUUUUUUCUAAUUGAGGGAGAAGAUUGUAAAGAAUGGAAAGUAAUUGAUAUGGGUAAUAUCGUGCUGCAUGUAUUUCUUGAAGAAACAAGAACUCUCUACGAUAUUGAGUCUCUGUGGUUGUUUGAUUCUGCUUUUGACAGAGGUGGCAACAUGAAAGAUGAUCCUUUAUAUACUGCUAUUGAACAACAGAUGGCUUUUUUCAAUUCUAUUAAUGAAAAACUGUCUGAAAAUUCUAAACAAAAAUCAAUUUAGUUUUGCUUAUAUAUUUGCAUAAGUGCAUCCUUAAAAUUUUUAUGGAAGCAGAAUAUUAUUCAAAAAUUAAUUCGAAGAUAUGUUUAAAAUAUUUAGUUUAUGUAUGUUAUUU